AUGAAGACUAUGAUUCACCGCUUCUGUAUUCUGCUGGGCAUCGUCGUAUUUGGUACGAUGGGCAGUCGUAAUGGCGAUGAGGUUAUCGUUCCAUUGGAUUGCCUGACGUUCUGCGACUUCGCUGCGGAUGGUCUUUGCACUAAGACUGGCCAGACCAGAGUGGGUUGCCGUUGCAAUAUCUUCCCUCAAAGAUGCAGGGAUAUGUACUACGUCAACCCUCCCAAGAAAGGCCCUCUUGAAAUCUGUCUCUCCAGUCCGCGUAAUCCCGACUGCGACCGUCUGCCCAACACUCCUGUCUACUGUAACUGCUCGUUAAAAUCCCGGUGCUAA